UGAGCGGACUUGGGUUCAGUAGCGAUCGGUCGAAUGGACGGAAAGUAUGGUCAUGGAAAAUCUCGUGUUUGGUUAAGUGUUUUAUGAUCGAGUUUCUCGUAACGAAAACGUCACUUUCCAACGACACUAUCAAAUAUUUCAACACUCGCGUAAAACCGGCUAUUCCACGACAGGUAGACCAGGUAUUCCAAUCCGUUCGAUCGUUUGGAACGUGGGUGACACACCUCCGAAGAAUUUUUCUUCUUGGCUGUUGUUUUAACAGAAGCACAAAAAGAAUAAUAAAUUAACUAAAAAUAUAUGUCGAUACUUGUGAACAUUUUUAAACAUAUUUUUGUGUAAAUAUUGUGAACCAGUGUUAUGACGUACCGUAACAAAUAUUAUUCUUAAAAGUCACCGAGUGUUUUCAUAAUAGUGAAAAAAUAAUAUAUUGUAACAGUGGUGUUCUUUAUUGCAAUUGUGUUAUUCUGUGGCGGGAAGUUGUUUUCGAAGGAGUGAGCGUCACCAGUUUUCAGCUGGCAUCUCUCCCCUCCGUGAUUAUCCUUUGGAUAUCGAGUUUUGAGUUACAAUUCGAAAAAAAAAAAUUCUUAUUUUAUUCGACGACGCGGAGCUCACGGUUUAGCUCUAACAACCCCGCUACUGGCUGUGUUCUCUUCACUCUGAGAAUUCUUUGGAGUUUCGACUUUCCUGGAAGGCGAUGCUCUUUAUCCUCGUUCAACGAUUCGAUUCGAACUUUUGAAAACUUAGAAAGCUACGCAAAUGCCGAAAUCGGCAACCAAGUGGACAUUUUGGAGAAAGUGCAAGGGGCCCGUCGGCGAAGACCACGAGGAUAAUAAGAAAGGGAAACGGAAACGAGCCGCGGAUACCGAGAUCGAGGCAACGACCAAGGAGAAAGAAGUUUCGGCCGUGGAAACGAAACGGAAGACCAUGGAACAUCCGCUUACGAGAUGCGACACCCGUGUACCAAAAGUUACACCGAUCAUCGACGACUACGAGAUCAGUAAUCACGUACUUGGACUUGGAAUAAACGGCAAAGUUGUUCAAUGUUAUGACAAAAAUACAAGGGAAAAGUAUGCACUUAAGGUAUUGUAUGACUGUGUAAAGGCACGUAGAGAAGUUGAAUUGCAUUGGAGAGCGUCAAAUUGCAGACACAUAGUUCAAGUGAAAGAUGUGUAUGAAAACACAUAUAGCGGAAAUAAAUGUUUAUUGGUUGUUAUGGAAUGUAUGGAAGGUGGAGAAUUAUUUGAGAGAAUACAAGACAGGCAAGAUGGUGCCUUUACAGAGAGAGAAGCAGCACAAAUAAUGUAUGAAAUUUGUGUUGCUGUAAAACAUCUGCACGAUAUGAAUAUUGCACACAGAGAUCUCAAACCAGAAAAUCUUUUGUAUUCCAAACCAGAUAACACUGGAAUAUUGAAACUUACUGAUUUUGGUUUUGCAAAAGAAACGCAUUCAAAGGAUACCUUACAAACACCAUGCUACACACCCUAUUAUGUUGCUCCUGAAGUUUUGGGACCUGAAAAAUAUGAUAAAAGCUGUGAUAUAUGGUCACUCGGAGUUAUAAUGUACAUAUUAUUGUGCGGCUUUCCACCUUUCUAUAGUAACCAUGGUUUAGCAAUUUCACCAGGAAUGAAAAAGAGAAUUCGGCUAGGUCAGUAUGAUUUUCCAGCUCCUGAAUGGUCAAAUGUUAGCUCUGAGGCAAAAAAUCUUAUUAAGGGUAUGUUGUGUACGGAUCCCGCUCAAAGACUACAGAUCGACGAAGUUAUGCGCAACAAAUGGAUCGCUCAAUAUACCGAAGUACCAGCUACGCCUUUACAUACCGGACGCGUGCUUCGGGAGGGUGAAGAACUUUGGCCGGAAGUUCAAGAAGAAAUGACACGGUCUUUAGCCACGAUGCGUGUAGAUUAUGAUACGGCUAAUUUGAAACAAUUGGAUCACACAAAUAAUGCGUUAUUAAAUAAACGUAGACGAGCAAAACAGGCAAACGCUAUGCCACCCGCUGCUAAUGCUCCAACAGCAGCAUCCUAGGAAUACGCGACAAAAGCCAGGAAUCGCUGGCGUAUUUUUUUACAAAGAUGUAUAAGGUAUAGUGUAAUUAUCAUGAGAAUUGUUUUUUGAUAACUGGUACGAUGUAAAAUAUAAAUGAUUACAAUCGAAGUAAUCUUGAGAAGAGAUAUAUAUAUGCAGUUAAAAUUAAAAAUCACAGAGAAAUGGAAAUGGAAGCGUUCCAGUAAUUUCUAACAAAUUGCAUGAAUUCGUGCUAUUGUGCUUAUGUACCACUUCUAAGAAGUUUUUCUUCAAAUACUACAAUGACUGUGGAUACUUAACUUAUUGAAAGGCACUACUACUGAUACAAAUUAUGAAAUUUGUCAUUUAACUAUAAUAGUUUCCUAUCAAUUACUUAAUACAUAUUUUAUAUGCAGUACUUUAAUUUAUCAUGAACAUUUAUAUCCAUGUAUUUUUGAAUUUUUAUCCACGCACAGUUAAGAAAAUUACAAACUGUGACAGAAACGUUCAGUUUAACGAUUAUACAAAAAUAUACAAUGUACUUUUAAGUGAUAACAUUGACUGAGGCUAAAUACGUGAAGAAAUUCUUAUAAUUGUCAUAGGGUACUACUGACAUGUAUUGUCCUCAUUGCUUCUUAGGCACUAAAAACAUACGAUAAUUUUUAAUUUUUCAAAUAGGAAAAUUUAUAAUAAAUAAAGUUAUACUUAGAAACAAAUAUAUAAACUUCACUAAAUGAAUGUAGUAAUUAUAUUUUUUUAGAUGCAUUAUAUAAUAAAAAAUCGUAAUGAAUGUAGAGGAGAAAAAUACCUUAAUUAACCAGAGGUCAAUUUUCAGUUACAAGUUCAACUAGAGCCAUUAGGUAUUUCAGUUAGGUGCAUAUUUAGGCGAUAUUUAAGAGGUAAUUAAAUCUCAUAUAACGUGUUACUGUUUCUUCAGAAACGACUGAUAUGUUAUGAAUUGUAAAUAUUAUAUGUAUGAAUUAUUUUUUAAUGAAAUAAUCAUAAUGAUCGAUUAUAUGUAUAAUUAAUAGUCAUCUAUGUUAGGUAUUAAAAAUCUGUAAUAGUUAAAUGGACGUUAUGACUGAUAAGUAACAAAAAAAUAGAGUUGAUCGGGCCUUAGCUUGUCUCCACCAUAUGUUUAGUAAAACUAUUUAAAAAUUUUUAAUUAAUUGGUAAUUUUGUUUUCACAGUAUAUGUACCACUAAAUGUCAACAAUUUAGAAUUGUGGAAACAAAAUAUUUUUUAGCACAAAUAUUGUAUGAUGGUUCAGCUCUUGUUUUAUUUAAAAAAAAUAUAUAUAACUACUUAUUAAUUAUUAUUAACCAUGUACAAAAACUUAUGUGAAUUUUAAUUUGAAAAAGUAAAUAAUCUUGGAAUAUUUUCCUAGAUUAAAAUAUAUGUAGUUAAGCAAUUACACUAUAAAAAAAAUUGUAGCAUUGUUAUACUUGGUAAAACUGGGAUAGUACAAUUUUUAUAGAUUAAAAUGAUUAUAAAUUAUACAAAAAUUAAUACAUAUAUUUAAUUCGAGCUGGACUGUAGUAAUGAAGUAUUUUUGUAAUGAAUUUAUGUCUGCUGGUUUGCACUGCAUUUAUGAAACUUGACAAUAAAUAUACAGAAUGUCUUUAACUACGACAUAGUCGAUUCAUUAUUUAAUUGUGAUUCUGUGCUGUAAUUGCAAUGUAUUACUUUGCUAAAAUUGUAUUAUUUCAAUUAUUGAAUUACUGUAAUAAUCUGAACAAUCUCCAAUUGCAAAAAUUAAAAUAAAUACAUAUUAUUCGUCUAA